GGGUACGUUUGUAUAGAAUAGGUCACGUCAUUCAAACGACAUUUAACUUGUCAGGAGCGACCGAGAGGGCAGGAAGAGCAACACAGGACCACCCAGCUUUCGUGUAACCUCAUUCAACGAGGAACAACAACACUGACAGACUUCCAGCAAUAUGGCGAAACUUAUCACUGUUUUUGGAGCAACAGGAGCACAGGGAGGGGGCGUCGCCAACACCCUUCUGGAAGACCAGGAUUUUAAAGUCCGAGCUGUGACGAGAAACGCCUCUAGCGACAAAGCUAAAGCACUGCAGGCGAAAGGUGCCGAGGUCGUUACGGCAAGUCUGGACGAUCCAAGCACGUUGGGACCUGCCCUGCAGGGCGCACACGGAGUCUAUGUGGUGACCAACUAUUGGGAACAUAUGGACUUGGAGAGGGAAAUCAGACAAGGCAAGUCCAUAGCCGACGCCGCCAAAGCUGCCGGGGUUCUCCAUGUGGUGUUUAGCGGCCUGGAGAAUGUUCAGAAGAUCGCGGGGUUUCCCUGUCCUCACUUUGACGCCAAGGGGCUGAUAGAGGAGUACAUGACGUCCAUAGAACUGCCGGUGACUUUCGUCAGGUUCUCCUUCUACUAUGAGAACUACAUCUCUUUACUAAAGCCACAGAAACAGGAAGACGGGACAUACGUUUUGGGAGUCCCGAUGGAGGGCGCUGCCAUGGACAUCGUUAGCGCAGGAGAUAUGGGACCUGCAGUUCGGGCGAUCUUCAAGAGCUGGGCCCAAUGGAUCCGCAAGGCAGUGGGCUUCAGCGGUGACAAACUCACCAUCCAGCAGACUGCAGACAUUCUCUCCAAGCACCUGGCACCGAAGGUGUUCAAGGCCAGCGACAUGACAGCUGACGCGUUUGCCCAGCUUGGUUUCCCCGGUGCUGACGACCUCGGAAACAUGUUCAAGUUCUACCGACUUCACAACCCUGACCGUAGUGUGGAACUGACCCGCCAGCUACACCCCGCCGCCAAGAGCUUCGACAAGUGGGUAGCAGAGAACAAGGAGGCGCUGCUAAACGCCCUGGACUAGCUUGCAGUCUCUACCAGACGGACUACUUAGGCUGUUAUAGAGAGAUAAUUUACCAGGGGAUCUGGAGUAGGAAGGCCUGGAAGGCCGUGUCUGUUGAGACAAAUUUCAAAUAAAUCAUUUUACAACGGAAUAUGACUUGGUGAAUGCUCUUUUUCACUAGCUUAGCCAAUGCAUAUCCAAUAAGCCUUACAUACCUUUGAAAAUACAGAAAUAAUGUACAUGA